AUGUCUCGCAACGGAUUCUCGCCGGCGCACUCGCGCAAGGCCGGGCCGCCUCGCUGGGCCUCGCACCUUCGCCAGCUGAGCCGCAACAGUGCCGAAUCCGUGCCCACCGAUGCCUCGCUGAGCGGUGGGCCCGUCCUGCCGACGGGCAGCCCGCAACCAACCCACCCACCAACCCAUCCGCCACCAUCGUUCCAUCACCAUCUCCUCCAGCACAGCCGUCCCCGUUCGUCGACACCCCCACGCCGCGCCCGGUCCCCCGACACCAUGUCGAGCAACUCCACCAUCCGCGAGGCCAGCCCUGCCAAAGGCCCACAGCCCGCAUUUGAACGCACCUGCACCGUCACCGUCAAUGAAUCGUUUGCCCGCGACGAGGUGCUCAUGAACCUCGACCACUUUGACGACGGCGUGCAGCUGGGCCAGCUCAUGGCCAUUGAUGUGCUGCCCGAGCAGCGGCCGGGGUUUGGCAGCACGGGCACCGGGGGCAGCGGCACCAACAGCAACAACAAUACCGUCCGCCGUCCCAACCCGGCGGCCGGACGCAAAGACGACCAGGCCUCUGGAACAACAGGGUCCGCAGGGGGGACACCAGGAGAAUCCGGAGGAACGGGAGGAACGGAAGACGGCACAAGCACAGACACGGGCACGGGCUCAGGAACAGCAACAGGCGGUGCAGCCGGGCAAGCCCCCGACGGCGAGGCGGACGCCGGCCGCCGGUAUCUGUUUAUCGUCAAAGACAUGCCCAAAGAGCUCAAGGCGCGCCACCCCACGGUCGAAAUCUACGUUGCCAAGCGCAUCGCCGACGUCUUUGGCAUGAAAAAGGGCUCGACCGUCCUGCUGACCCCUGUCGACGCCAGCAACCCGGCCAUCGAAGCCUCGCACGUCGAGCUCGUCUUCAAGGACCAGUACCUGUCGCGCGCCGACAUGUGGCGCCUCGCCGUCUCCGAGCUCGCCGAACGCACCGUCUACCGCGGCCAGAUGGUCCUGUUUAUGAGCACCAUCAAGGCCCAGGUGACCCACGUCUUUGUCGACGGCAAGCGCGUGCCGUCGGCCUUUUUCGGCAAGAACACGCGGCCCAUCUUCCGCAGCGAGUCGGCGCGCUUCGUCCUCUUCAUCCAGAUGGCUCGCGAGAUGUGGGACUUUGACUCGGACGGCUCCGGCGAGAUCCUGUUCAGCAAGGUCGUCAACGGCCUGCUGCCCACGCUGUUCAAGAAAUGGGCCGCGCGCAAGGUCAAGCAUCUGGUCACCAUCGUGCUCUUUGCGCGCGUCGAGUACGACACCGGCCUGGCCGUCGACCUGUCCGAGGCAUCGGUGCAGCACGACUACUAUACGGGCGUCCAGUCGUCCGGCAACCGCCGCCCGUACAAGGACUUUUACCGCGUUGUCGUCAGCGAAAUGUCCAGCAACGAGUGGACCCGCAUCCUCUACCAGCUCAAGCGCGAGUUCAACCUCUUCCGCCGGGACAUCAGCCUGCACCACCUCGCCCACCUGCGCCCCGACACGGCUGCGUCUCUGCCUCCGGGCGCGCUGUCUGUGUCGGACGAUGCGGCGGGCGGCGGCGAUGCGACGGGCGAUCCCGAUCCGUCCAAGAAGCCGCCGCUGAACCAAAAGUUCCAGCACCACAUCCAGGCCGAGUCGUCGUCCGCCAUGUACGGCAACGUCCUCGAAGCCGUCAACAUGGCCUCCACUCUCUUCUCCCACGACUAUGUGGACCGCGAUCUCAUGCGCACCGGCAUCUCUGUCGUCGUCAUCUCGCCCGGCUCCGGCGUCUUUGAGGUCGAGUACGACGCCCUGCGCCGCACCACCGAGGCCCUCAUCGGCAACGGCAUCGGCAUCGACCUCAUCUGCAUCCCCAAGGUCCCUCUCCACUAUGCGCCACUGUUUCGCUUCCGCCACCCACACCACCUCGACCGGGACUUUCAAAAGUCCCGGACAUACAGCAACAACAGCCAGGCAAAUAGCCAGGGGAACAGCCAAAGCAACAGCCACAGUCAGAGCCACACCAAAGGCGUUGGCACUCAUUUUGCCCACAUGAGCGGCAGCACGCCUAAACAGAACACACCCCUCUACGGCAGCUACUCGAGCGUCGGCGCCCACUCGUUGUCGCCGAGCAAGGGUGCCGGUGCCGGGUCUGCUGACACGCCGCAGCAGCGGACCUUUGAGGCCAUGGGCGCCGACCGCUUCAACGACAGCUGGUUUUACGCUCUACCCCAGUGGCUGCAUGUUUCGUAUUGGGCCAGCGAGCCCAACGAGCUGCUUAUGCGCCAGGGCGUGCCCUUGCCGCCGCUUCCUCUCGAGGGCACCCGCCCGGGCAAGCAUCUCGAGGAGUUUGCCGUCCGCUGCCGCAUGUACGACCUCCAGAUGCGCGGCGUGCUCGAGACAAACGAGAUCGAGACCACCCCGCUCCACGCCGACCCGCUGUUCCCGCGCAGUGCUUUCAAGCCCUCGUCCGACUCGCUGUCCACCUCGCCCGUCGAGCACGGCGGUGUCCUCGUCGUCCAGAACAAGCUCGCCGCCAACGUCCUGUUCGACCAGGUCUACGGCUUCCAAAAGUUUGCCGCCGACAAGCUGGCCAAGCAGAACAGCAAGUCGCUGUGGCGGCAGCUGCAAGAGUACGACGGCAGCCGCCAGAAACUGCCCACACGCCGCAAGGGCCAUCACAGCGGAGCCACCAGCAGCAGCUACAGGCGUGAGCGCGAGCCAGACGACAGCACGGCGGCCCUGUCCAGCUCGGCAUUGGCUCUCUCGGGGCCCCGCACACGGCGAAAGACACAUUUCCUCGGUGAAGGCGGCUCGGGCGGUGCGGACACAAGCUCUGCACAUGCACAAACCGACCGGCGACCAUCGACGGCCAGCUUCAUGUCCACGACCGGGGCAAACAGUAGCCUUGCCACGACGUCGGCAUCCAGCUACCGACCGGUCUCGUCCUCCACGGCGGCGACACCGGCAAGCUCUGCACUCCUAUCGAGUCGCGGUCUCGAUUACAGAAAUAUGCGCGACAACACGAGGUCUGUCAGCUUCGACAAGGAUAGCAUCAAGAGCAUCAAGAGCUCGCGCUCCUCCUCGUCCAAGGUGCCGAAAGCGAUACGGCAGAUCAGUCUGGGCCAGCGAGGGUUCGGCAUUGCGGCACCCAAGGCGGCCGUGGCAGAAGUCAGCGCAGAGACCGUUGCGGCGUCCAAUCUGCCGUCUGCGCCGACCGUGAACCUCUCCUUGGCUACGGCGCCUGCCACCGCGGCCACGACGUCGGCCACGGCACACGCACACGGGGCACUCCCAAGCACGCCAAAAGCAUCCGCUGUCUUUUCGACAGGCGACGACCGUAUGAACCUGCCCCACCCGAACACGCACGGCCUCUCAUCAGCCGACCGAGCAGCGUCCGGCAGCCGAACAGGGCUUGGGCGGAUGGUCGGCGGCGCCAGCUCCACGGACCAGCGCAGCCGAGGCCGCCUUGCGCCGCCGGAAACGCCAACGCGCCCCAUCGUGAUCCGCUCCGGCGACUCGUCGACACAGCUAGCUGCCGGCUCGUUCCUCGGUGCCGGUCGUGCCGGGCGCACCGAGCCCCCGCGCCCCCGUGACGACCGCGACCCCCACUACUCCAGCACUUUGCGUGCUGAUGACGCGCAGCGCGUCUACAACUCCAAGCUGCUCGCCGAGGCCGUGCCUGAGACCACCAAGGCCCUGUCACCCACCGCCGCCAUGGCACCCUGGCUCAUGAUGAUCAACCCUUCCAAGCCCGAGGCGAACAAGAUCGAUUCUGCCACGUUUAACAGCCGCUGGCAGCACGUCUUCCCCCGCCCCGGCGAGAUCCGUGUCAUGCGCUGGAAGACGCUGUGCUCGCCCGCGUCUGUGCCGCUGACGACCGAGUACUUCCCCACCAAGGCGCAGUUUGAAAGCGAGUACGUGCAGCAGCCCUACAGCGUCUCUCAGGACGCCGACGACGAGCUGCCCGAGGUGCCGCAGACCCGCGACAACCUGCUGCGUGAGCUGAUUAGCUUGCGGCUGUCGCAAGGCUUCCAGGUCGUCAUCGGCCCCGUCGUGGCCAAGGCCUUUGGCCAGAAGCAGAUGAAGAUUGCCGACAUCUUCUCGACGGACCAGCAGCCCUUUGAAGACGGCACGAGCAUCUUCAUGUCCAUUGGCAACACCAUCCACCAGCUGUCGUUUGCCAACGAUGCCGAGGUGCAGGUCAACAUUUACCAUCGCAAGACGGACGAGUUUGGCAGCGGCAGCGGCAGCGCCGGUGGUGGUGCCGGCGCCGGCGCCAGCGCUGCAUCGAACCCUGCGCCGCUGUACCGACCGGCCAUCCGCACGCUCCUGGACCACGACUACCUGACGAGUACAAUCGACGUCUCCGCGCCUCGCUCUGAGCGCAACUGGAACUACAUCGACUCGCACGUCGCAGGCCACGACGAGCAGCUCACCGAGAACCUACGCUUCUGGCGUGCGCGUUUCGUGCUGAUCCCCAUGGUGCUUCCGCACCGUGCCGGCUCCGUUGCGUCUACAACAGGUAGCAUCUCUGGCGCCGCGAGUGCAAAUGCAAAUGCAAAUGCAAGUGCAAAUGCCAAUGCCAAUGCAAAUGCCAACUCGAACCCGAAUCCCGUCGACAACGACGAAGAGGUCCGCAUCGAGGGCAUCCGGAAACUCGGCCAGCUGUGGCAGAAGCACCGCGUCAUCCCCGCGUCCGAGCGCCACUUUUUGCAGACGCUCUCGAGCCGCCACCGGCGCACGCGCGACACCAACCAGAACCCGCUCGACGUCGUCUAUAAGACCGAAGAUCCGUCGCUGGUCAUCGCCGCCGAGCUCGAAUCAACCCUGCCGCUUCUGGGUGGUGCAGGCGCAGGCGCAGGCACAGGCACAGGCACAGCAGCUGGGGGUGCCGCUGGACAGGCGCCACAGCAGCCGCUGCCCCGCAAGGGCCAGCUUGUGACCGACCGCGAUCCCUUCCGCAAGAGCAACCUCAACCUGGCGGCACUGGCCGAGGCGAUGCAACAGCCUGUCGAGCAGGGCGGUGUGCGCAUGCAAAACCGGCGCUGGCAUUUGCGGCUGCACUACAACUGCUUUAUUGGCUCAGACAUGACGAGCUGGCUGCUCGACAACGUCGAGGACCUCGAGAGUCGCCAGGAGGCCGAAGCCUUGGGGAACAUGCUCAUGGUCUCGGACCGCGACCGCGACCGUGACUACCUGUACAAGAAUAAAGAGGCCUCCAGCGACGCGUCCGAGAAGGAUGCAUCCGACAAGAAGGAUCGCGAAGGCAACACCGCCGGUGCUGCCCCGGGCGGCGGACACACUGCAACGGCUGACGGCAGCAGUGGAACAGCAAGCACUGCGGCUGCAGCGUCCACUGGAGCUGGUGGUGGAGGCGGUGCAACACCGGCCGUCGGCCCCCGCGAGGUCAAGCACCAGGGCAUCUUUGUCCACGUCGAGAAGCGCCACGCGUUCCGCGACGGCCAGUACUUUUACCAAAUCAGCAGCGAGUAUGCCAAGCCGCACAACACGGGCGGCUGGUUCAACACACGCAAGGCGUCGGUGGCAGCCAUACCCACGGCGGCUGAUUUGCAGAGUGGUGGCGGCGACGGCGGCAGCGGCAGUGGUGGUGGUGGCGGCGGGUCAGGUGACGGGUCAAGACAGCCUGCGUCCCGGCCGGUGUCUGUCCACGAGGACAGCGAUUUUGGCAAGGCGCCAGCAUCGGCUGCCUCCACGCCGAUCCUCGGGGCAAUCUCCGGCACCGGCAGCAAUAGCACCAGCAACAACAACCACACCACCACGACAGGUGGCAGCAACACGAGUGAGAGCGGCGGCAACGGAAACAAUGCCCAUGCAAACAAGAAGAGGCCCCGUGUGCUGCUCAGCAAGAUGAUGAAAUACGACGUCGACCACCGCAAGCGCUCAUACCGCCCCGAGCGCAUCGACCUGCACUACGACCGCCUGCACAACCCGGACAACUGCUACCACAUCCGCAUCGAAUGGAUGAACGCCACGGCCAAGCUCAUUGAGGACGCCGUCGAGGUCUGGGCGCGCGAGGCCUACCAGCAUGGCCUUCGCCUCGUCGAGGUGCCGAUUGCCGAGGCGUCGUCCAUCAGCGAGGGCAACCCCUUCCGACGGCCAUACAAGGUCCGCCUGGCACUGGCGCCACCGACGCAGCGACCGGCCACGUUCUACGAUCCCAAUCUGCUGGCCGCUCAGGCCCAGCCCGGUCGCCACUUUUAUCAGAGUGCGAUCCUGCGCAAGUUUGGGUUUGUGCUCGACACGGAGGCGGCGUCCAACUUUCCGCCCAGCGUCGACGUGCAAUACUCGUGGGGCCGUCCCUUUUUCAAGUACACGCAGUACAUCCACCGAUCCGGCAUCAUCUUGGCGCAAAUUGACGACGAAGGCGACUUCUUGCUUCUCGUCAACCGUUUGUUCAGCAACCGGUCCACGGCGCCGUCUGCGCGGGAUAUGCGGCCAACGGACCAGCAGCAGCAGCAGCAGCAGCAGCAGCAACAGCAGCCGCCGCCGCAGGGCGGUGAACCCAGUGAGCCAACACCGCUCCAGUCGCCCAUGGUCAAGUCGGGGCUGUUCAACUCGCCGCGGCUCCGUCCCACUGGUCUCGAAGCACUGAGCCAAAAGGGCAGCGCAACGACCAUGUCGGGUCUGCUGAAUAAGAACAGCGUUCCCGGCCCCAGCCCGAUCGUGACCAGCACCUCGGUCGGCGCAGCGCCUGCGAUCCCCGGCAGCAGCAACAACGUCGGCAUGGUGCCCAACGCCGCGAGCGCCGUGCUCUUCUCCAUCUCGACAGCCGACCUGCCGCCGGGCGAAGAUCCAGAAAGCGUCAUGGACGAGCUUGAGGCGUUUAGCCAGGACCCCGUGGCCCUCGAGGCCUUUUACACGGAGCUUCUCGAGAAGCGCAGCGCCUCGACGGUAGCCGCCGCGGCCGGCGGUAGUCUGAAUACACCGCGUCUAUCGGGCAGCCACCCGCACAUGGUCCCGCCGUCGAGCGACAGCACGAGCUCCACAGCCGGUACGCCCACCUCGACCAGCCGCCCUGUAUCACACGCCGCGCACAACUCAUCGUCGCUGCUGUCGUCUGCGGCCGCGCGCGCCACGGCCGAAGUGCCCGACACAAACAUCCCGACGCUCGGCCUGCCUCCGGGUCUGCUGAACAGCAGCACGCGGGUUACAAGCGGUAGCAGCGGCAGCAGUCAUGUGAGCGGCGGCGGGGGCGGUGACAGCAGCCCGCUGGCGCCGCCAUCCAGCACCAGUGGCAGCCUCCGGUCACCUGCCGGUGCGUCGGGCGGAUUGGGCAGCACCCAGAGCCACAACCACAACCAGAACCAGAACCAGAACCAGAACCAGUUCAUCCAGCCUACCCCCCUGACGCCGAUCCGGACGACGAGUCCCGGAUUCUUGGCAUCGCGUCUAUUCCUGCGACGCAGCAGCGUGGACGACAUUGGUCUACAACGGCCGCCAGCCGAGGACGGCAACGGUAGUGGUGGGGCUGCCCAAGGAAGCCCUGGUUUGUUUGGCCAGCAGGGUUAA